UGUUGAGGAGUGUUGAGUGAUUGAAAAAAUAGCAAUGGCAACGAUCUGGGCCAGGCACGUGACAUAGCAGAUUUACCUCUCAUGGCACACCCUUGGGACGUGUGUCACUCUCUCCACCUUGCAGCGCACGUGUGACUUGGGAUAUGUGAGUUUGUGCAACUUCUCUCCUGCCAAACAGGGCUAAAACACAGGUAUGCCUCAGCCCUGGCCCUCCUCUCCACCAUGUCCCCGGCCAGCCGCUCCGGCCCGGGCCAGAAGGAUGUGGGGUCAGAGAAGCCACAAACAGGCAACUUCCUUUCUCCUGUCUCCACUUCCCACUCAGCCGGGACAGCUCCUACUCAUUUUCUCAAGAUCCUUAUCUGCUCCUGCACUCGGAGAAGUUUCCCCAUACCUUGCACACUACCCAGGAGAGGUGGGGAAAGGAGUGUUCCAUGUGGUCACUGGGCGUGAGUAAGCAUCUCUCCUCCCUGUGACUUCCCCACCUCUGCACCAGGGGCUGGGAAACCCCACUCAGGUCAUCGAAUAAAAGCUCUGGGCCCCUCAGCAUGGGCCAGGGAAGAGCUCUUAGCUUCACCAGACACAUCGAGACCGCUGCAAGGAGGUCUGAGCCAGACCCGCCAGGAUGAAGCUCAUCACCGUGGCCCUGGUGUGCCUGCUGCUGGCUGGGAUGUGGCUGCACGAGGCGGACAGCAGGAGCAUGCACGUAUCGUCCUCCAACUGUUGCUUCACGUUUGCGGAGAAGAAGAUUUCCUCGCAGAGAAUCCAGUGUUACAAAAACACCAGCUCUGCGUGCUCCCGCAGUAGUCUAAUAAUCAAGCUGAAGGGAGGCAGAGAGACCUGUGUCUUGCCAACAGCCCAAUGGGUUAAGCAAUCUUUAAAGUCCAAGGAACCGUGCCUGCUAAAGUAAACACGAGUGGAUUUCCUUCCAUCCUGGACUCUGAAGACCGCAUGGCUUCACCUGUCCCCCGCCUCAGCCCCUUACCCAUGCCAGUCCUUCUGCCCAGCUUUGUAAGGUCGUAGAGGGUUGACUCAGUCUUAAUAAGCUAUGUUGUUGCACUUUAUAUAUUUAAAUGCUAGAAUCUUCAAUUCCUGCCUCCCUGGACUUCUUGGAUCCCACAGGGAUUUCAGGGUGCAAACUUGAUUGGCACUGAGA